AUGAACUUAUUUGUAUGUCAAAGUGGUAAAACCAUCGUGGAAAAUACCAGUAACGGAUUGUGUCGCGAUUUAAAAAAAUUGCAAGAUUAUAGUGUGAAAAGCGAAAUUAAUAUAAUUGCAGGAACAGGAUAUUAUACUGCUAGCGUGCAGAAUGACUCAAACCUUAAUUUUACGCACGAAGAAAUAUACAAUAAAUUAUUAAAUGAUCUAACUAACGAGAUAGAAGGAUCCUAUCAAAUUGGCGAUUCUAACAAUAAGAUAAAAGCAGGAUUUAUCGGAGAAGUCGGCAGCAGUUGGCCAAUCCACGAGUUUGAAAAACGUUCUAUUCGUGCCACUGGCGAGAUUCAAGCGCAACUGCAUUGUCCUGUGAAUUUGAAUCCCGGCAUUGAAGAAGAUGCACUUAGGGAAGUAAUUAGGCUCUAUCGAGAGGCCGGUGGUGAUUCUAAAAAAGCGGCCAUAUCCAAUAUUGAUCGCACGUUGUGGUACGAGGACAAAUUUAUGGAAUUCAUGGACGACACUAAACACACUUACGUACAAUAUGAUCUGUUUGGUACUGAGCAUUCUUUCUGUCGAAUGAGAAAUAAGUUUUACAAGAUAUUAUCAGACGCACAACGUAUCAAACGUUUCGCAAAACUGAAGGAUGAAGGAAACUUGGAUCGAAUUCUCAUAAGUCAUGAUAUUCACACUAAGGAUAGAUUGGUCACUUAUGGCGGUCUCGGAUACGCUCAUAUUUUGAAAAACUUUGUGCCACAUAUGUCAAGAUGGAAUUUUACAGUUAACGAUACAACGAUAUUAACCACUGAAAAUCCUAAGAGAUGGCUAAGCUGGAAACAAUAAUUUGCACACAAGAAAAUUUGCAUAUUAUUUUUCUUAUGUAAAGCACGAUGUAUAAAACAAUAUAAUAAAUAUUUCAA